UUGAUACAAAGACAUAUUCAUCCAAAAAUCUAAAGCAUGAACAUCUUAACAUCAAUACAUCAUUGUAGGUAAUUAUUUGAAAAAUUUCAAAAAUUAUAGGUUAAUUGACAGUUGUCAAUUUGACAACUGUUCGGGGCGUGGCUUAAGAGUCGGGUGACCGGUCAUCUUUUUGGUGAUUGAUCAAUUUAAAUAAUUAUCUAGUAGAAAAUCAUAGUCCUCAUUCUUGUCAAAAAAUAUUGUGCCAAGCUGCCAAGAGUUGCAUCAGAAGUUGCAUAAACAAAUACCAUGGUAUAUGGAUAUGGCCACAUGGCAUAACGCAGAACGCGCAAAACAUAUAAGUUUUGUGUUAUAAUAAAUUAUGGUAUUGGAAACACAUCACUAGAUGAAAGUAAGAAAGUAUAGUCAUAUCAAUACAUCACAAUGAGCUAGAAAUCAACAUAUUGAAAAUAGGAGGUACACAAGAUGGGCAACGAACAAUCUGAGAUAAACGGAAUCGAAAUUGAAGAGAAAGCUAUAGAAGUAAGAGAUUUUUGGUCUCAACAUUCUGCUUAUGUUUUGGAUUCGGAAAAUCUUACCAACCUUACCGUAUUAAUCGGAGAAUUCACGAUAGAUGGAUUGCUAUGGGUUUCUCAAGGCCCGCUGGAACAGUAUGGUAAAAAUCUGAUGAUAUAUCGACAUCCCUGUAUACUGAAGUAUGUUACUUCAUGGAAAAAAUACACAAAAUAUUAUCUAGCUGUAGAAGAAGCUGUGCCAUUGUCUCAAGUUGUUGGAACUCUUAAUCCUUUACAGAUUUCAAUAGGGUUACAUUCUAUUGCUAAAGCAUUAUACUUUUUACAUGAGCAAGCACAAAGUUCACAUAACAAUGUUUGUACUACCUCAGUGUAUGUCACCAGAGAUGGGAGUUGGAAAUUGGGAGGAAUGGAAUAUUUGUGCAAGUAUAAGGAACUUAAUUCUGACUAUCUUGGUAAAACAAAAAGCAGUAGAUACAAUAAAGCAGUAGAUCCUAAUGAAGAGGCAUGCAUUGUGAAAAAUAGGAAAUGUUCAAUUGAUGUAUAUGCAUUUGGAGUGCUUGCAUGUGAGUUAUUGAAAUCUAAAAGUAAUGAUGCAACAUCUACAGAAUUCUAUGAAUUCUGUAAAAAGAGCCUGCAAAAUACAGAUGUAACACAAAGACCUUCAUUUAAUGCUAUAUUGGAACAUGAUUUUUUUAAUCAUGAUUUUAUAACAAUACAUAACUUCUUGGUGGAACUACCUCUUAAGAGUGAUGGAGAAAAAACUCAGUUUUUCCAGCAGUUAGCAGAAAGACUCAAUUGUUUUGAUAGCACGCUAGUGGCCAGGUUGUUAAGUGGUCUUUUAUUAUCAAGAUUAGUGUUAUUGAAUGCAACUGCCCAGAAAAAACUAUUACCAUAUUUGUUAGCUGUACAGAAUGAUGUUACUGAGGAGAGUUCUUCACAAACUUUGUUCCCGGAAGAAGUAUUUAAAAAGCAUUUAUGUCCUAAAUUAUUAGAGAUAUUCAAGGUUCGUGAUGCGCAAAUCCGGAUGGUACUGUUGGAGCAUUUUAGAAAUUUUAUGCACAUGUUUUCAGAAGAAGAGUUACAAUUAUAUAUUCUACCUGAGCUAUUGGUUGGAAUAAAAGAUACUAAUGACACUUUGGUGUCCGUCACGCUAAGAACUUUAGCCGACUUGGUUCCGAUUUUGGGAGCAUCCACUGUUAUUGGCGGUAAGCGAGCGAAGCUUUUCCACGAUGGACGUCCCACACAAAUGGAACGGAGGCUAUCCAAAAGUAUGAAAACCCAUUUGAAAAAUUCGGUUGCUAAUCAUGGGGUUUUGUUAGACCAAAUAAGUUUAAGCAGUGAUCCGAUAAGACUAAGCUCUGUAACAGAUAUAAAUCCUUUACCAGAAAGACCUAGGCCAGAUGGUGGGGAAGAAACAUCUAUGGAUGAAAUUGAACAGUCGACAGAUGGCGAUUUAGAAAACUGGGACGAAUGGGACACUAAUGAAGGACAGAAUCAACUAGUUAACACGGAACAUAGCAUAACCAAUGACCUCCAAUCGUUAGCUUCAGAGAAGCAUUCCUUACCCAGUAAGGCAGCAUUGGAUGUUAAAGAGUUUGUAAGACGCGGCUCUAUUCCUGAUAUUUCAGAGCUCGAUAUAAAGAAUCAAGUAAAGUCGAAUAAAAGUGAUGAUAUGGAUUUCUUCCAGGACAUGGAGCCUGUUAUAAAUACGAAUAAUAAAUACGUCGUGAAUGAAAUUGGUCAUAGUAACCUUGAAAGUAAACUAGCGGUACAAUUAAGCAAUGAUGCUAGUGAAGAGGGUUGGGGCGAAGAGGAUUGGUGAACAUAUUUCUAUUACCUGUACCUACAAUUAUGUUCUAAUGCGAUUAUGAAACCAAAUAUAGUAUUUAUCAGAUCAUUAUAAGUCGUACCCUUCAUUUGCGAUUGCGGUAAAAGCGUGACAUGUUAUACACUGAGAACCCAAUUUGUCUGAUGGCUUGAGUUCAGUGUAUACAAGAGAGGAAGUGUGUAUUGUAUAGACACAUGUUAGAAAGAAAUAGAAGCCGGCCAGCAAUCUGCCGCGCUGCGAUUAUGUUACACCAAUUCCUUGAAUUAAGAUGCAUGUUGGAAAUACGCGUUGGUUUAUUUUCUACGCCUAAAUAAUGGUUUUAUUUUGAGUGAACAUUAUUGAAUUGUGUCGAAUCUGUUUAGGUUUGAUUCCGGAUCGGUCAUAAUCGUCCGCCAUUUCAGGUUGAAAUGAAACGUCAUGAUCGCCACAAAUUCGGCAUCCUUGGUUCGGUUGGCCACACUGCAUCUCGUACAUUAAAAGGCAAGGUUUCCACCGCCAUGAUCAUAGAUGAGCGAUUUUGGUCAGUACCCAUCUAGCGCUCAAUAGGGAGUAGUAGUAGAAAGAUUUAUUUAGCACAUUUGGCUAAAUAAACAGAAUAAUUGAAGACACAAGUGGAUAAAGGUGUCAUGUCACAAAAUAAUAAUUCUGAGAAAAAUCACUUUGAAGAUUUCCGAUUGGAAUUUUUUUAUGCAUUCAAUUUCAGGCAUUUUCUAUAAAUGUUUUUUUAAACAGCAUUAAAUAUUUUCUUUGUCUCUUGUUUAACUUGAAGACAUGUUGAUAUUUUGAGAGAAAAUGUACUUUGAAAGUACAUGACACCUUUAUCCAUAAGAAGUUGACAAAACCUUGUGUUGACGGGAAAUGAAAAGAGGUGUUAUGUACUUAAACAUUGGUAUUUUAUUGCAAAAGUAACAAAAAUCUCAAAACUCAUCAAAAUGAACCAAUUGCUUUUCUUUUUUUCUUGGGAUUCUCUUCGUUUUCU